AACCAACAUACUUUUUCGUGACGUUAGUGGUGCUGUUGAAUUAGAAUUUUUAAAACAUUUGUUUUGAACGUUUGUUCGUAAGGUUUUACACCAACCUGACAGCUGUAGUCAAGUGAGAUGCAGGGUAUAAGAAACCUCUUCCGGUCGGCCUGGUCCUCUGCUGAGAGGCUGGAGGACAAAACUGUUGUCAUCACUGGAGCCAACACAGGUAUCGGAAAAGAGACAGCCAUUGACCUGGCGAAGAGAGGUGCAAAGAUCAUCAUGGCCUGCAGGGACAUGGAGCGAGGGGAGGCCGCUAAGAAAGAAGUCAUCGAACGCUCGGGCAGCGAAAAUGUCCUUUGCAUGAAACUUGACUUGGCAGAUAGCAAAUCGAUAAGAGAAUUUGCUGAAGCCAUCAACAAAGAUGAGCCGAAGCUAAACAUCCUCGUCAACAAUGCUGGUGUGAUGGUUUGUCCAUAUGGGAAAACAGCAGAUGGCUUUGAGAUGCAGAUCGGUGUCAAUCACUUUGGCCACUUCCUGUUGACACAUUUGUUGAUUGACCUGAUUAAAAGAUCGGCACCAGCCAGGAUAAUCACGGUGUCCUCCAUGGCUCACUCCUGGAGCUCCAUCAAUUUGGAGGACAUAAACAGCGAGAAGAGUUACGACAAGAACCGGGCCUACUCUCAGAGCAAGCUAGCCAAUGUCCUCUUCACCCGCUCAUUGGCUAAGAGACUAGAAGGCACAGGUGUGACGACAUAUUCUCUACAUCCUGGAGUCGUGCAGACAGAUUUAUGGCGUCAUCUAAACGCCCCUCAACGGGCCAUCAUGAAGAUGGUCAGUCCUUUCACCAAAAACUCUUCCCAGGGAGCUCAGACGAGCAUUUACUGCGCAGUGGAACCAUCACUGGAUAAAGAGAGCGGUGGAUAUUACAGCGACUGUGCUCCUGCCAACUGUUCGGCAGCUGGUAAAGAUGACGUCGUGGCGCAGAAGCUGUGGGAUAUGAGCUGUCAGAUGUUGUCGUUAACAUGGGAAUAAGCAACCUGGAUUUAGAAUAAGUGUUGCUUUUCUCAAUAUGUUUCAAUGAUACAGUCUUCCAUUAAAGACAUUUCCUAAUCAGCACUUUUUCAGCACUUCUUGGGUGUUUGUUUAACAUACUGACAUACUGUACAGUAUUUGCACAAAAUGGCAUUACUUCCUAUUAAGUAAAUACUAAUAUAUGUAAAGUAUAUAAAUGAGUUCGAUUUAAAGUACUUUUCUUUUCCUUUUGAUAAUAACUUUCUAAUAAUAUUUGGGAAAAACUGUGGAAUAGUUCACUUAAUGUUGCACAUUUUUUAACUGUAUUUUCUGCUAUUAAACCUGGUGUUGACCAAUCAAU